GCCCUCCCACCUCCUAGGCCGCUCUCUCUCUCGCACCUGCGUGUCCCUCCGCGCUCCGACUGGUGCGACUUCUCCUCCCUGCGCUAGCGGGGCAGGGUUUUUGGCCUCGCCUCUCGCGAGAUCGCCUCGUGUUGCUGCCGCCGCCGCUCCUGGCCACUGACUGGCGGCGCCUGCGCAGCCGCCAUGUUCGGUUGCUAUGCUGCGGCCUAGGAGAGGGGGUGUGCUUGAGGGAGGAGGAAGAGAGAGAGAGGAGGAGGAGGGGGAGGAAGAGGAGGUGGAGAAGGAGGGGGGUGACUGAGCUCCUCUUGCACUCUCACACACAAACGCUGCCCAGGAUUACCCGCCAGCUCACGCCGCGCAGUGCGCUUUUCUGCUUCUCGCGCCCCACCACCAACAUUGUUCUCUCAGGACUCCUGGGUCCCAGGGGCCGGAAUUGGGCCUGAGCCGGAGAGGAAAGAGACUUGGCUUUGGCCGAGGGGUCGGAGGAUUGGUGCCAGGCCCCCUCCCCCACGCACUUUUGGGGGUGUGGAUUAUCUCAUCCCUGCAGGGAGGUAGGAGAGGUCGCCGGCUGCCCGCCUCCCUGCCACCUCCCCGGCGGCGCCGGCCCGCGGCUGCCCAGCAGCAUGAGGUGGUGCUGGCGGCUUCGGGUCGUGGCGCGACCGCUGCGGCGGCGGCUGCUCGGGGGGCGCUGAGGUAGCCCCCCGGAGCGGCACCGCGGACGCGCUUCUUCUCUGCGCGCCGGGGCCUCGAGGCUUUUUUUCUCCAGCCGAGAGGACGCGGCGGUGGUAUACGAAGACUUUGUGUGGACAGUAAUGACCUCACGUUUCCGAUUGCCUGCUGGCAGAACCUACAAUGUACGAGCAUCAGAGUUGGCCCGAGACAGACAGCAUACUGAAGUGGUUUGCAACAUCCUUCUUCUGGAUAAUACUGUACAAGCUUUCAAAGUCGAUAAACAUGAUCAGGGGCAAGUCUUGUUGGAUAUAGUCUUCAAGCAUCUUGAUUUGACUGAGCAGGACUAUUUUGGUUUACAGUUGGCUGAUGAUUCCACAGAUAACCCAAGGUGGCUGGAUCCAAACAAACCAAUAAGGAAACAGCUAAAGAGAGGAUCUCCUUACAAUUUGAACUUUAGAGUCAAAUUUUUUGUAAGUGACCCCAACAAGUUACAAGAAGAAUAUACAAGGUACCAGUAUUUUUUGCAAAUUAAACAAGACAUUCUUACUGGAAGAUUACCCUGUCCUUCUAAUACUGCUGCCCUUUUAGCUUCAUUUGCUGUUCAGUCUGAACUUGGAGACUACGAUCAGUCAGAGAACUUGCCAGGCUACCUCUCAGAUUAUUCUUUCAUUCCUAAUCAACCUCAAGAUUUUGAAAAAGAAAUUGCAAAAUUACAUCAGCAACACAUAGGCUUAUCUCCUGCAGAGGCAGAAUUUAAUUACCUAAACACAGCACGUACCUUAGAACUCUAUGGAGUUGAAUUCCACUAUGCAAGGGAUCAGAGUAACAAUGAGAUUAUGAUUGGAGUGAUGUCAGGAGGAAUUCUGAUUUAUAAGAACAGGGUACGAAUGAAUACCUUUCCAUGGUUGAAGAUUGUAAAAAUUUCUUUUAAGUGCAAACAGUUUUUUAUUCAACUUAGAAAAGAAUUGCAUGAAUCUAGAGAAACAUUAUUGGGAUUUAAUAUGGUGAAUUACAGAGCAUGUAAAAAUUUGUGGAAAGCAUGUGUAGAACAUCACACAUUCUUCCGUUUGGACAGACCACUUCCACCUCAAAAGAAUUUUUUUGCACAUUAUUUUACAUUAGGUUCAAAAUUCCGGUACUGUGGGAGAACUGAAGUCCAAUCAGUUCAGUAUGGCAAAGAAAAGGCAAAUAAAGACAGGGUAUUUGCAAGAUCCCCAAGUAAGCCGUUGGCACGGAAAUUAAUGGAUUGGGAAGUAGUAAGCAGAAAUUCAAUAUCUGAUGACAGGUUAGAAACACAAAGCCUUCCAUCACGAUCUCCACCAGGAACUCCUAAUCAUCGAAAUUCUACAUUCACGCAGGAAGGAACCCGGUUACGACCAUCUUCAGUUGGUCAUUUGGUAGACCAUAUGGUUCAUACUUCCCCAAGCGAAGUGUUUGUGAAUCAGAGAUCUCCAUCAUCAACACAAGCUAAUAGCAUUGUUCUGGAAUCAUCACCAUCACAAGAGACCCCUGGAGAUGGGAAGCCUCCAGCUUUACCACCCAAACAAUCAAAGAAAAAUAGUUGGAACCAAAUUCAUUAUUCACAUUCGCAACAAGAUCUAGAAAGUCAUAUUAAUGAAACAUUUGAUAUUCCAUCUUCUCCUGAAAAACCCACUCCUAAUGGUGGUAUUCCACAUGAUAAUCUUGUCCUAAUCAGAAUGAAACCUGAUGAAAAUGGGAGGUUUGGAUUCAAUGUAAAGGGAGGAUGUGAUCAGAAGAUGCCUGUGAUUGUGUCUCGAGUAGCACCAGGAACACCUGCUGACCUCUGUGUCCCUAGACUGAAUGAAGGGGACCAAGUUGUAGUGAUCAAUGGUCGGGACAUUGCAGAACACACUCAUGAUCAGGUUGUGCUGUUUAUUAAAGCUAGUUGUGAGAGACAUUCUGGGGAGCUCAUGCUUCUAGUUCGACCUAAUGCUGUAUAUGAUGUAGUGGAAGAAAAGCUAGAAAAUGAGCCAGAUUUCCAGUAUAUUCCUGAGAAAGCUCCACUAGAUAGUGUGCAUCAGGAUGACCAUUCCCUGCGGGAGUCAAUGAUCCAGCUAGCUGAGGGGCUUAUCACUGGAACAGUCCUGACACAGUUUGAUCAACUGUAUCGGAAAAAACCUGGAAUGACAAUGUCCUGUGCCAAAUUACCUCAGAAUAUUUCCAAAAAUAGAUACAGAGAUAUUUCGCCUUAUGAUGCCACACGGGUCAUUUUAAAAGGUAAUGAAGACUACAUCAAUGCGAACUAUAUAAAUAUGGAAAUUCCUUCUUCUAGCAUUAUAAAUCAGUACAUUGCUUGUCAAGGGCCACUACCACACACUUGUACAGAUUUUUGGCAGAUGACUUGGGAACAAGGCUCCUCUAUGGUUGUAAUGUUGACCACACAAGUUGAACGUGGCAGAGUUAAAUGUCACCAAUAUUGGCCAGAACCCACAGGCAGUUCAUCUUAUGGAUGCUACCAAGUUACCUGCCACUCUGAAGAAGGAAACACUGCCUAUAUCUUCAGGAAGAUGACACUAUUUAACCAAGAGAAAAAUGAAAGUCGUCCACUCACUCAGAUCCAGUACAUAGCCUGGCCUGACCAUGGAGUCCCUGAUGAUUCGAGUGACUUUCUAGAUUUUGUUUGUCAUGUACGAAACAAGAGGGCUGGCAAGGAAGAACCUGUUGUUGUCCAUUGCAGUGCUGGAAUCGGAAGAACUGGGGUUCUUAUUACUAUGGAAACAGCCAUGUGUCUCAUUGAAUGCAAUCAGCCAGUUUAUCCACUAGAUAUUGUAAGAACAAUGAGAGAUCAGCGAGCCAUGAUGAUCCAAACACCUAGUCAAUACAGAUUUGUAUGUGAAGCUAUUUUGAAAGUUUAUGAAGAAGGCUUUGUUAAACCCUUAACAACAUCAUCAAAUAAAUAAGAAAGCAAAAAGAUCUGGGAUAUGUGUUGGAAAACUGCUUUCCCUUAUGUUCACUGUGCCAUAAUGCUGCUUGCAGGAAAUGGCAUUUUACAAAAAAAAAUGAAGAACUCAAAAAAACUUUGAAAACUUCAGCACUGUUGCACUUUAUGUUUUAAAAAAUGUCACUCUUUCAAAAUCUAUAACUCAUGUAUUUGAAGACUGUUUCAUGCUUUGCUCCGAACAAAUAGUAAAUAACUGAGUAUGUUCAGGGUAAUUUAUGAAAUUUUGUGGUGGUGCCAUGCAAUCCCCUUUUAGUAGAAUUGCCACAAAAGGCUCAAAAUUCUCAUCAUCUCUGUUAUACACCUGUAUCAUGAAAGCAAAAAGAAGUAAACAUCAGGAGUUAGCUCUGGUCUUUUGCAGUGGUUUGCGUACUUACUAUACUGAUAACCAGAUUUUAUUUUUAAAAUUUUAGCAAUAUCAUUCUUAAUAUUAGCCAAUACACUGCCUGUGGAUGCAGCACAUUUUUCCCUGCACACCCCCUGUAGAGACCUUCCUGCUGCUCAGAAGAAGAAAGAUGGAAUUUGCUGUUCCCAGGAAAUGCUGCACAUUGUCCAUUUACCAGCAUCUUAUAGAAAAUAUAAAUAUGAAUCUACAAAUUCUCUUGGAUUUAAUAAUGUAAUUAUAUUUAUCAUAAGGUUGGCUUAUUCCAAAUCAUGUGAUUUCACAUACUUGAUGUAAAGGAAUGCAUGCAUUGUGUCUUAACCCCUUAAGUGCCUUGAGACGUCCUUGUAUGUCUAACGAAAAGGCACUCAUUUGACCCCACUAGGAGGUAUAUGUGUAUAUUGUACAUUCGUAUAUUUUUAUGCAUUUUGAAUAAGUUCACAUUUUAAAAAACAGCUAUAUUGAGGGUUAUACAGUCAAAGAAGGGUAAGGAAAUUCUGUUUCUUACUCAGUACUUGUGAUUUGCUAUAAGAAGCAAAGAUAAUUUGUGUUCUACUGAGUGCACACUGCUGCUAUGGAAUUGUUCAAAAUCUGCACAUUCCUUUACUUGAGGGACUGAGGGGUUACAGUUUAGCAGCUCAACUUUAAAAGAUGCUUUAUGCUUCAAAUUUCAUAUUUAUUUCAUCCCUAACUUUAGGAAGACAUCUAACAUGCAAAUUAAUGUUAAACAUAUUGAUACUCUAAGCUAAAGUUAGAGCAAAUAAUUGUGAUUUAUUCAUAUCCAUAACUAAAAUAUUAUUCUUUAGCACUCAUUUCAGUUAAUAUCAAGUUUGUUCACAUUGAUAUAUUGAUUGGGAUUCUUCAAACGAAGAAUGAAACAUUAUUGACAUUUCUAAGUGUAAUAACUCAAUAACUAAAUUGAGAAUUUUCUUGUUUUUUGUGUACAAUUAAAUUAUUCCAUUUUAUAUAUACUUAUUAAGUUAUAAGCAUGUUAAUAAGGAGACUUUUGACUGUCCAGCCUAAUGGAGGAUCUGAUUCCCAUUAAGGAUGUGGGAAUUCCCAUAUUUUCCUCUUCAGGUUUUUUUGUUUUUAAGUCUGCAGAGAGAUAGAACUUUAACAUUGCCCAGUUUGAUAAAAGUGAAAAUUUGCUCACCUAUACAAAUGUUAUUUUACACAAUUAUUUUAUGUGGAUUGUGGUUUUAAAAGAUUCAUUUCCUAGCAGUUUCUGAAUAUUUCUGUAAGAUCUUGAUAAAGUUUAGAGUCAAACGGUAGAUAUUUUGGAAAGCCAUUUAGUAUGAGGGGAAAAGUACACAUUUUAAAUCUUCGGUAUAUUCUAAAUGAUGUCAUUUCAAACAUUCAAAACUCCUAAUAAUAAAUUUCAGGAAAUUAAGCUCCUAAACAUUAAUAGCCAAGAUACCAAAUAAAUUAUUGUAUUAAAAUAUUUAAGUUUAUUUAAAGAGAGAAGUAAACAUAAACUUAUGUCAAAGAGAAAUUCUCUUAAUCUAUUUCCUGACUUCACAGUCAAAACAGUAUAAGAUAGUAAAGUAACUUAUAAUCCUAUUUGAUCAUUCUGUUCUAUAAACAGACAAAUAUAAUUUAGACUGCUAUAUGACAUGAUAAAUUAAAAACUGAGAAAGUAAAAUUAUGUCGGGGUCUAUACAUUAAAUAACUGUUUUGGCAGUUUUUCACCUGAAUUUAAAAAUAAAAUUUGUCUGUUCUAUCUGUACGGACAGAAUAUGGCAACCAUAGACCAAAAGCUACCAUUGUAUAGAUGUAAAGAGACAAAAGUCAUGGUUGGCAUGUUCUUUAAUUUAGGGCCUUGUUUAUACUUGUGAGUUUAAUAAUUUCUUGGCAAUGAGCGCUGCUGCCUUUUUAAAUCAUCAAUGCCUGUCUUUAAAUGCCAAUCAUUAGAAGUUUAGAAUUACAUUUAAAUUUCUCGUAUAUGAAUUUUUCAUCUGGGAACUACCCACUGUCAUUAUUUUUAUGUGCAGAAAAGAUCCUUUUUGAAAACCAUAUUUAUUGGGAUCUUAUUUAAAUUUAAAUUAUCCUUUACAACUUCUUAAAGUGAAUAUGCUAAUAGAUAAGACUUUAUCCAUUACAUCUAAGAACUUUUUAACCUGUAUAUCAAUCUAAAUAGGUUUCUAGAAAUAAUCCUAGCUUUCAUACACCAUGUAGUUCUAGACUCCGUCCAUAUCAGUGUAACAUUGUGUGAUAAAAUGCCAAAUGUCUUAUAUCUAAGCUACCCUCCCACUCUUCCAGCCACCCCUACCUCCCACCUUGACACCCUUAAGAAAGCAAUGCUGACUUUUAUUCUGACAAGUGGAAAUCAAUAGUGGUUAAUCAAGUGGAUUUUGUAAAUGCUAAGAAGUGUUUGUGAAAACCUUCCCUUUCUGAGUUAGGAUUGUUUUUUCAUGUUCAUUUCAGGUGUUUUAUCGAGCAUCUGAUUUGUGUCAGCACCAUGUAAAUACGAUGAGGAGUAUUUGGAAUAGACUUUACAUUCACCAGAAGAUUGAUAGUAUUUGUUAAACCAAUGCAUCCAUUCAAAAUAGAGGCAGAGUAAACAGCCUAAGAAAUGAUUUCCUUUCUACAGUCUACUAGGAGAAAGAGGUGAUAGGGGAAUGGUUGAUGAUUUUAAUCAAGAGUGAAGGGAACAUUUAUUAUGUGAAAUCUGACUUCAGUUGUGCAAAGGUAUGUUAAGACAUUAAGACAAUUGCUGGAAGGUUUCAAAUAUGUGUACACACACAUAGAGAUACUUUUGUGUGUUUAUUUAUAUGUAUAUUUCACAAAAGCUAAUGCCCACAGAGGAAAAUGAUUAUUUUAACUUCUGGGUUAUCAUCUGCUGGUAGGGUCUGAUCAGGUCUAGAGUAUUUAAGGAAAAGUCUCCUGUCUUCUAUCUCCACUAGAAGUACUGCAGCUUGAGAGCUGAAAGGAACCUGAAAAAUGUUAUUCAGUCUUCACUUAGCCCAUUUUUAUCAGCAUUAGGAAACAGGGUCCAGCAAUGGUUAUUGAUUUAGCAGUCUGGUCUUAUAUGAUCUGCUUUCUAAUUAUCUAUCUAGUAUUCCUAUAUUAUACUGGAACUUCAAUAAAUUAUAACCUAUGUGAAUAUCAAAUUCUUGUGAAUUUUUGUCUAUUUCUAGUAGAGAUGCAUACUCAGCUAGUGUUUUCACUUAAUAACUAUGACGACCUUAAAAGAUGUCACUUAAGUUAGAAAACAAGCAGGCUUCAGAAGUGAUUCUAAUUAGGACCCCCACUCAGUUUGCUAGUCAUGCCUGCCUGACAGAACAUAAGCUUUUGUAAAGUAUUUAGACUGAUACACAUGCAGUAUAAAAACAUUAUAGACUGCAGUUAGAAGACUGAUUUUUUAAAAGCACUCAAAACAUAGAACUAAGAUUUAGAAUAUAUGUCCAUUUAUAAUGAAAUAAUUUAUGUUCAUAAUGUGAACAUGUAAGAUAAAGCAUUACUUGUUUUAUAAUAUCAGGAAGAGAGAAGGAAACAUUAGUUUAUAACAAUGUGCUAUUUAAUAUCUGUAUUUUGAACAUUUAAAAUACUCUGAUGGUAAGGUUGCCAAAGUAAUUUUGAAUUCAUAAAAAUUGUUUAUACCACAAUAAUGUGGGAUAUGUUUACAGGCUCUUAUUUUGUGGUAGUUACUUUAUAAUUCAGAUGAAUUUGCAUUUCAGUCACUUAUAGUAAAUACAGUAUAGUAAAUAUUUGUUGGAAUAAAAGUCUCAAUAAUAUAAUAGGACAUAGAUAAAUUAUGCAACAGCCAGCUUUUAUAAAAGUUGGUGCAUUAUGUAAGCUGCCACAGUUAAUACUUUGUAUUAACAUUGCUUACUUCCCCCAUUUGCUUCACCUAUCUGACUACAAUUGCUGGAAUCAUUCUUUUUGUGGUGCUUCCUCCAAGUGAAAUAACUAUGUUAUUAAAACCUACUGGAUUAAUUUUAUCAAAUAUCAGACUUACUGAUCUGUUGGCAGAGAUUUAUUGGUGUCUCAGUGUGAUCACAAUACAAGUUGUAGCAACCAUUUUAUAAAACUCUUAGAGAAUUAUGUAGAUAAAGUGGAAAUUACAUAAUCCUAAAACAUUUUUGAGGGCUAAUUGAUAAUAGAUAAUUUCAGCAAUUUUAUUAAGAACCCAGUAAAUUAAUCCCUAAGUUGUAUGUUUUUUGUUCAACUUACCAUGUCUGCAACCAUUAUAUAGACUUCAUUGAUUCUCAGCAAUUACUACAGUGUCUUACAAUGUUAUAAAAAAAAAACAGCAAUCUCUGUUUCUGCCAGAAGUUAGACAUUUUUUUACAGUCCUGAUGAAUUUGUGUGAGUAGACACCACAUAGUUAUUUCUGUUUGCAUAUAAAUUUGCUGCUAUUUAUUUAUAUGUUUUUCUACUGUAGUAUGCUAUUGAUUUCUGAAGUUAUAAUUUUUAUUUUAGUAAUCCAAGCUAAAUGGGCAACCAGAAGUAAUAUCUGCUAGGGUGCAAUCCAUCAGCAUUGGUUCAGUGCAUACAUAAGUAAACCAGUUUAAAAAAAUUUUACUAAGCAAAAGGUAGUAGCAAUAUUGCUAGUUAAAGACUACCAUUUUAGGGGAAAGUUCAAAGGUUUAACUUCCUGAAACCUUUUAAACUUUUCAGUGCAAGAAUGAAAAUGUUUGAAAGCCUUGUUAAGCUCAUAAAAGUUUCAGUUAAACACUGUAGAGUUUCCUACCUUUGUUGUGUAAAGGAUAUAGAAAAUAUUUUUCUAUGGACAGAAGGUUGAAACUUCUUUAAUUUCAUUGUUUAAAGGAGAUAAAAUGAUAUUUGUAUGUCUUUCAUGCUGUAAAGAAAAUGAAUGUAUCUUUCAAAUGUCAUUAGAAUUAUGGCUUGAUUCUAAGGAUACUCUUAUUUGUUUUAAAGUCUACGUGGGAUUGAAAAGAAAGGGAAGAGUAUUACACAUCAUUGUACAAAAUGUAAUUUUAGAAGAAAAACUAAUUUUCAUUAUAAACAAGAGCAAUCAUUAUUGAAGCAUAUUUCAGAUAUAAUGUACAUUCUUUUUCAUUUUGCUUUGCCUCUAGAAUAGAAACUUUUUGGAAAAUUUGCACAUACUGUUUAUAAGUGUAAAAUAAUUGAAUUCUAGACUUUUGGAGUGUGGAAGGGUGUUUGUGUGUGAAGGUAAUAAAUGUGUUGCUGCAUGUGUUUACCAUGGAGAACGUUUCCAGGCUUUGUCAAAUGAGGACAUUGUUGUGAGGGUGUGGCUUUUGUGAAGCCAGAAAACUGUGCCUAAGAUUCAUUACAGUGAGUAUGUGCAGAGGCCCCUGACCAAUAAAUGCUUUUUGCCUUUUUAUUCCCGACGUCUUGGACAGUUAAGACCACUUGGCCCAACUCUGAAUUCUAGCAGUGGUGUCUUAUAUGCUUAAGAGUUUAUAUUUAUUCAGCUGAACAAAAACUACAUUUUAAACCACCUUUGUAGGUAUGAUUAAUACGUGCAACAGCUUCUUUAAAAGGUAGUAUUUAUUAUUUAUCACUCAUUAAACUUGACUCAGUGAGGACUUCAUUAUUUUUCUCUUUCCACCUCUCCAACUUUUUAAAAAUCACUAAUUUAACUUUUUGUUAAGUAAGUACUCAAGUACAAAGUGAUCUCUUCUUUCAUGAACUUUGCUACAGCUGUUGAAAGGAUUGGUGUCAGGCUCUCUCAACCCUGGGAGUUUCCAAAAUUUAGCAAAUAUUACUUGUGAUAAGCUUAAAUGCCACAUUGCUAAGUACAGUUAUUACCAGGAAUCCAUCAAGGGGGAGAUAGCCCUGCCCACCCCCUUAGACCCAAAUAGGUGCUGGUUCAUGCCUUCUCCACAAAUCGGCAGUUGGGUACUUCCCCACUAUCGUCACAGUUGAGCUCAUUUUAACAUACAUUCAAAGAAGCUUUUUAGUUUCUACUCCUGAAUUGUAGUGUUCAAGUUAUUUGCCUUCCUGGGUAAGAAAAUUUUAACCCAAGUCUGGGAUUCUCUGGCAUCUGUCUUUUCCAAUCUUUCAAUGAGUUGGCAAGAUUAGAGUAGGUCAAAUUUCAAUGCUAAAUUUGAUUUUUUGAAUUUUAAAUAGUAGCACUUUAUUUCAUGCUGACCACCAACUUAAUUUAUACAUUUUAAAAUAAAAUUAUCCUAGAAGUUUUGUAAAUAUGGGAAAAUUUUAAUUAGUAUUGGAGGUCAUUAGAUUGGACCCAAGUUUAAAUAUAAUGAUCUCUUCAUAGCUUAUUUCAUGUUUAAGAGGCAACUUGUGUGAUCUUAGCUUUGCAGGUUUUCUGUAAUUUAUGUAGCACAAUAAAGGAUACCCAGUUGACUGUGUUACUGGACUCUGAGUUCUCACAGCUAGUUUCAUCUAAGCUUGGUUUAUUGUCAUUUCUGCUUUGGAUUUUUUUGUGCAUCACAUGAAUACUUGGAAAUCCAUUUGUUUUCAGUGCAGUACCUAGGGUGAAGUAGAUGCUGCACAAGUAAGUUUAAGGGAAUAAAAGUCCCGACACUUUAUAUACAUGUUGAGGGGCACAAUUUAAGAGACUGAAACAGUUUACAUUAAACUUGUUAUUUUCUGCCAGUAGACUCUGCUUAAAAAAAUAAAAAUUGUUCAACCCAGUGUUCUCCAGCAUCAGGACAUUACAGUUGUAAUCUAUGUUGUAAUCUUUUCAAAUAAGAAAAGCUACUCCUUAUUCUCUACAGUGUAGGCUUAAUUUUAGAACCGAUAAUUUACUAUAUCUGCAUUAUUGAUAUUUUUAAGUAGUUAUAAAAAUAAUUCUAUGUGGAGGGUGUUUUAAUUUGGGAUUUUUUUUCUUGUAACAGGUGCUAUUUGUAAAUAUGAAGGGGAAAAGUCACUUAGUUAAAAGUCUAGCUUAUAUCAUAAUUAAAAUACAAUUAUACAUUUCAUGUUUGAUUCUAUUAAACUAGUGGCAAAACAGAAUUGGUCCCUUAGUUUUUUAGAUUACCUUUCCCCCUAUGUCACAAAAAUAUCUCUUUCCAUAUGAUCUCAUAAUUGAGGCAAAGAAGCUAAGGGUUUAUUUAAAAUGUGUAUAAGCUUGAAUUUGGUCAACACUGCAUAAUUUGAAAUCACUCUGCAUUUGUCACUGCAGCUUACUGUAUGCUUGAAAGGCCUUGUGCGUUUGUCUUGAUUUUAGUGAAAAAAUUAGAAUUUCUGCCAUUCAUGUACAAAAAAAUUACAACUACAGCAAACGAUAAAAAUGCUGGUUUGCAUUAAUACUGUUUUAGUCUUAAGAGCAAUUUAUAUUAUGUGAAAUGCUGUUACACAUAUUUUGUUGGCCAUAUUUCAUUUUGAGAGACAGUUGUUCAGGUACAAACAUGAAAACAACGCUAGCUAUGACUCUUAAUGUUCAAUUGCAAAAUAAAGAUGUGCUUUAGUAAUCUAAA